CGUGCGUGCGUGCGUGCGUGUGUGUGUGCGUGUGUGUGUGUGUGUGUGUCUGUUUUGUUUCGUCGACUCGCACAGCCCCUUCAACACCAACAUGAGUAUGAUCAUGGGGCGCUCCACCACAUGCUGAAGGCACGGUGGCGGGAGGAUUCCAUCCGUUUGGGAGACCAUCAAAAAUUGGGGAUUGGAGGAGAUCGGUGAUUAUGGCGCAUUCUUCUACCUAGGUGCGUUGAGUAGCAGCUACUAUGCCCCGCUCUUCUCACUUCCAGACGAUGGAUCCGCUGUCUUGACAGCGCUCACUAAGUGCGACAAGUAUUCUUGGUGCUCUGGGCUCAAAGACGACAACCUUACCAUGACGCGCGAGUCUUGGCACGACGGCACAUACUCGCACCCGUGGGGCACAAGUGGAAUGGUCGGCUUCUUCUGGGGUAUCUUAGGUGUCCACCAAACAGCACCAGGCUUUGCUUCUGCGACGAUCCGUCCAAAGUUGGGCAGCCUUACCCACGCAGAGGGUACGGUGCCCACGCUACGUGGCUACAUCAAGGUCAAGGCGCAGCCAGCAUCCAUGGACGUUGAGCUGCCCUGCAACGUCGACGCGACGCUGUGUCUACCACGUAGCUCCGCCGACAAAGCCAUCGCCAACGUGGAGUCCACAACGCUCCUGCUCGACGGUGUUACAGUGACGGCGGUCCAAGACGGCAAUCAUAUUUGCGCUAAGCAGCCGGUGACUUGUGGUGUUGGCGGAGCGGCGCGUCGGCUCACAUCGUCAGCCCGUGUUCUCUUCACCUGAGAUGCCGCAGCUGGGUCGCUCAGUUGGGUCUCGUCGAGAUGUCGACGCUAUUUGUCGACAAAGACGAUGUAGUUGCGCACUGGCCUGGCCUGGACCCCGCGACGACGGCGAUUCAGCGAUAUUGGCGUACAGAUAUAUAUAUAUACACACACAUAUAGAAACAGAGAGAGAGAGAAAGGGAUGGCGAGAGCGGAAGGACAAAUGAUGCCGAGGGGGCCUGAUGGCGACGACCACACGUCGGCUCAUGUUGCAACUGCGUGGCUCGCGAGUUCAGGCAGCGACGCACGCAGCUGGCAUUGGCCGCUCGAGCAGGCGCGCGGCAUGCCAGCGCGAAAUUCACGACCACGGCAUCGCAGAGCAGGGUUGUUGGCGCGAUUGCGAGACAGCAGCGGCCACCUCACUGGAAAAACACAUCGGGGCUUUCGACGGCCAGACAAGCACACCACGCAGCGCAGGAUUUUGCCUAGCGUCAACGGGGCUUAUCGGACAGGAAUGCUCGCGAUGGAAUGUGACCAGGUCCUGUGACGUUGGCCUAUCUGUGGGCAGUGCUCGCGCACUGCUUGCCGUAAGGAGCAGACACGCUUUCUGUCGUCUGCUGUCUCCUGGGCUCCCUCGCGGCAUCCGCCCGUCGCACCCGCACUCUCCACGCAUGAGCUACGCAAG